AUGGUUCGCAUGACCGCAAUCCUGGCUACGGCCAUUCUAAGUCUCGCAUAUGCUGCUCCUCUGAGCCCUGUUCAAGUAGCAGAAGAAGUUAAAGCACGAGGUGUGUUGGAUGCUACGUAUGCUCAGCUGGAUUGGUUUAUGGCUAAACGUGAUCCAGAGCUAUCUUAUGUGAAUAGCCGUGCAGCGGAAUUGAGUUAUGUGAAUUCGAAGCGUGAGCCAGAGCUGAGCUACGUCAAUUCCAAACGCGAGCCAGAGCUCAGCUAUGUGAACUCCAAGCGAGGGCCUGAGUUGAGCUACGUCAACUCCAAACGUUCCCCGGAACUAAGCUACGUGAACUCCAAGCGAGAGCCAGAGCUGAGCUACGUCAAUUCCAAACGCGAGCCUGAGCUUAGCUAUGUGAAUUCGAAGAGAGAGCCAGAAUUGAGCUAUGUCAAUUCCAAACGCGAGCCUGAGCUUAGCUAUGUGAAUUCGAAGAGAGAGCCAGAAUUGAGCUAUGUCAAUUCCAAACGCGAGCCUGAGCUUAGCUAUGUGAAUUCGAAGAGAGAGCCAGAAUUGAGCUAUGUCAAUUCCAAACGCGAGCCUGAAUUGAGCUACGUCAACUCCAAACGCGAGCCCGAACUCAGCUACGUCAACAGCCGCCACACACACAAGGAAUAA